AUUUCACACUCGAUGCUUCAAAAUGUGUGACAUUUCAAAAUCUUCGACAUAACCCUUUAUUUUUAGUUACUACUCAGACCUAGCGGACUUCACUCAUCUUCAGCGGUCUACCGAUGUACAAAUAAAAUCACAAUGAAACAAGUUACACUUUGUACGGUGUUAGUGUCUCUACUGAUAUACAGUUCGGAAGCAGUGAAUAUACUAUCGCGUCCGUCGGUUUUUGUGGUUACCCCAUCGCCGCGGUCACAAUCAAACAAUGAAGCGCGUUCGGCUCCGUUUUACUACCACAAUUGGAUGAGAAGAAUAGAUUCGCCUCACAACGCUACCACGACCACAACGACGCCAAAGGUGAAGACCCCAGACUUAAUUUUCGCAGAGUUUGAAUCCGAUGAUGGGAACAACAUGCGAAAAUCUAUUCGAAAAUUAUUGGAACAGGAGAGAGUCGCUGCCAAGACAUCGACGACGUCGACUACCACAACCACGACCUCGCAGCUAAUAUACGUACCUGAAGAAAACGUUAAUGAUGUGGUAUAUUCAGUUCCAAAGAAGGAAAUAAAAGACGAUAACGAUCAAAACAGUGAAGUGGAUAAAACAGACUAUUUCGCAUUGUAUAACAAUUUGUAUAAUUCUCCUGUGUAUUUACCCAAAACGAGCUCCACGACUUCUACGACCACUACGACAACGACAACUACGCCUGCACCAUCUAAUGUCGAAAAUAUUUGGCAUAUUAUUGAUAACGAAAGACACAAUCAGUAUGUUGAUAAAUGGGAAGAAGUGGCAAUUACUUCAAACAAAGACGAAAAUGAUGCGACUGAAAAAUCUCAAGAAAACGUUUUCACAACGACUGAAGACACUCAGGUUAAUGAAGACUUCGCCUUACCAGGAUUUGGCACGAAUCCUGGCAACGGAGCUGAAAAUGAAUCAAGAGCGAUUCGGACUGAACCUAACUUCCGUUUUCCAUAUGUCAGCCUGAAACCAUUUCAAGUAAAAAACUCAAAGAAACCGAUGUACGAUGUAUAUUCCAAUAGCAAAAAGAGUAAUAUGUUUACGAAUUUAGACAACUUUAAGGAAAUGAAAAAUCCAGUGAGAGGGGAGGUUCAAGACACUGUACAUAUGCAACAACCAAUUGAUCGGUACAAUCCGGCACAACCUUAUUUACCAAGUGAAUAUGGAAGUAAAUCAAAGCAAUCGAGCCCUAAUUCAGCGCCACCCAAGGCGGUGGCAAGUUUGGUGCCUCCACCUCCUCCACCACCGAAAGCAACUGGAGAUGAUUUUCCAAUACCAACUAAUUACGAAUCCUUUCCACCGUAUCCCCCAUCAGCACCAUCGCCGGUGGCAGCACCAGCGCCACCACCACCUUCGCCAACACUAAGUCCUCCAGUGUCAAUGUAUCGACCUCCAGCUGAUACUUCAGAUGAUUCGGGACCGGACACGUCUGAUAACUCCAAUGAUUCUCCAAUGGACUUAGGUUAUAGAUAUAAGCCCCCUUCAUUAUCCUUCGUUCCUACACUACCGCCUGUGAACAAACCUUUCUCUGGAUAUUCCUACGGCAAACCAGGAGGCGCUGCCGAUACACCACCAGCUAUGGAUACUCAUGGAUAUACUUACAAGAAGCCUUCAAUGUCGUUUGACUCACCCCCGAGCAUGGAUAUGGGUGGUUAUAGUUAUAACAAACCUCAAAUGGAUUCACCGCCUGCUUCAGAUGACAAACCUGAUCUCCAUGGCUAUUACGAUAAGCCACCAGAAGACCACCACCAUCCAAGCUAUGAUCAUCAUGGUCCUCCAUCGUAUGGUCAUGAUAGUGACUAUCCAGAAUUAAUAUUUAACAAACCCAACGGUGAUAUGGAUAGCGGUAAAGGUGGCAAUGAUAUGAAAGGAAAUGAUAUGUCUGUAAUGGCACCACCACCACCACCACCGUCUGAUGAAAAACCAGGAAUGGAUUCAGGACCUCCAAUGGAUGAUAGCGGUUUUCCUCAUGAUUUCCCAAGCAGUUUUAAAUUCCAUCAUCAUGGUUUCGACGACGACCACGAUUUUCAUCAUUAUCAUCAUCCCACAACAACAACUACUACAGAGACCCCUCGUGUUAAUAGGUACAGUUACUAUUAUUUAGGCAAAAAAUUGUAUUACUUACCGUUGUAUUUUAGUGUCUACUUUAUUGUAUACGUAGGAGCCCUUAUCAUUAAAGCGGUCCUUCGGCACAAAAUUGUGUAUCCGAACAGUUGGCGACCGAAUGACACAACAGCUUCAUUCUUCUCCAAACGAUCAGUAGACUCAUGGAAUCUUACAAACGAGAACUUACACGAAGUUACUGGGAGAGUGACGAAAGCUAUUGCUGAAGCUGCGGAAAAAUACAUGAAUGAAAAGGCGAAAACUGAAUAAAAGAGGAAUUUAAUUGUGUAAACAACAAAAGCCAUGUAAAUAUUAGUGUUAAGUUUUUAGGGUGUUGUGAACUGGACAUGCUUAAUAAGCGGAAGUAACUACGGUACUUAAUUUGAAAAUUAAACAGAGUUCAUUGUCACAACAUAAAUAAUAAAGUUUAAUGUUAU